GACACGACAGUUAACACGCGGAAGUUCUGUGUUAGUUGAUGAUGACGUUUGCCUGAGACAAAUGUGCCUUGCUUCAGCUAACGGGAUGAAUUAACUAGUGUGCUACCGAAGAGAUUCAUUGAAACUGCAGCAAACAAGACAGAGGCAGGAUGUUGGAGUCCUAUGUCACGCCCCUGUUGAUGACCUAUGUGAACAAAUACAUCAAGAACCUGAAGCCCUCUGACCUGCAGCUGUCGCUAUGGGGAGGAGACGUAGUACUGAGCAAGCUGGAGCUGAAGCUGGAUGUCCUGGAGCAGGAGCUGAAACUGCCCUUUACCUUUCUGAGCGGUCACAUCCAUGAGCUGCGUAUCCACGUGCCCUGGACCAAACUGGGCUCCGAGGCCGUGGUUAUCACCAUUAACACAAUGGAGUGUAUCCUCAAACUGAAGGAUGGAGCACAGGACGACCAUGAGAGUGGUUCUAGCUCCACCAGUCGCAGCGCCUCAGAGAGCUCCAAGACCCUUCCCAAGCCGCGCCGCCUCCAGCAGGCCGCCCCCUCCGACCCAGACCUGCCCCCAGGUUACGUCCAGAGUCUGAUCCGUCGGGUGGUCAACAACGUCAACAUUGUGGUCAACAACCUGAUCUUGAAGUAUGUAGAGGAUGACAUUGUCCUGUCAGUCAACAUCACCUCUGCUGAGUGUUACACCGUCCAUGAGUUCUGGGACCGAGCCUUCAUGGACGUCACAGCUCCUGAUCUGGUUCUGCGUAAGGUGAUCAACUUCAGCGACUGUACGGUGUGUCUGGAUAAGAGGAACGGCAGUGGGAAGAUCCAGUUUUACCAGGAUCCUCUCCUUUACAAGGGAUCCUUCAGGACGCGACUCCACUUCACCUAUCAUAACAUCAACUCCAAGAUCCCUGAUGUCAUCAAGAUCCAGACGAUGGUCGAGUCCCUGAAGCUGUCCAUCACAGACCAGCAGCUGCCCAUGUUCAUCAGGAUCAUGGAGCUGGUCCUCAGCCUCUACUACGGAGAGAUAGGAGGAGGGAAGGACGAAGAGGAGGAGGAGGGGAGAGGACAUGGAGAGGUCAUCACUACACCAGGAGGAGGGAAGGACGAAGAGGAGGAGGAGGGGAGGGGACAUGGAGAGGUCAUCACUACACCAGGUUACUCUGGGGUUAGACUGGUCCUCAGCCUCUACUAUGGACAGAUAGGAGGGAAGGACGAAGAGGAGGAGGAGGGGAGGGGACAUGGAGAGGUCAUCACUACACCAGGUUACUCUGGGGUUAGACUGGUCCUCAGCCUAUACUACGGAGAGAUAGGAGGAGGGAAGGACGAAGAGGAGGAGGGGAGCGGACAUGGAGAGGUCAUCACUACACCAGGUUACUCUGGGGUUAGACUGGUCCUCAGCCUCUACUACGGAGAGAUAGGAGGAGGGAAGGACGAAGAGGAGGAGGGGAGGGGACAUGGAGAGUCUGGGGUUAGACUGGUCCUCAGCCUCUACUACGGAGAGAUAGGAGGAGGGAAGGACGAAGAGGAGGAGGAGGAGGGGAGAGGACAUGGAGAGGUCAUCACUACACCAGGUGUGGAAGGAGACCCAGAGGCCCAGGCCAUGGCAGGACAAUACCCCAGCCCAGAGCUUUACAUGCAGGGGGAGGAUGGGGACCAGGGCUGGGUGUCCUGGGCCUGGUCCUUCGUCCCAGCCAUCGUGGGAGCUGAGGAUGAGGAGGGAGAGGAAGGCUUCUACCAGCAGGGGGAGGAGGGAGGCCGCUCCAGCCCUCUGCAGAACCCACAUAAAGACCCUAUUGUAUCCAUAGGCUUCUACUGCACCAAGGCCUCUGUCACGUUCAAGUUGACAGAGAUGCAGGCGGAGAGCAGUUACUACAGUCCACAGAAGAUGAAGAGCAGGGAGGGGCUCUGUCUGGAGCAGGAGGGCAUCACCAUGGAGGUGCUGAUGAUGGGGGAACCCUUCUUCGACUGUCAGAUCGGCAUCGUGGGCGUCCGGGCGCUCUGCCUGAAAGGCAUCAUGGGAGUGCGGGACUUUGAGGAGAACUUGAACAGACGGGAGGAGGAUGCAGUGUUCUUCAGCUGUGGAGAGAGUCUGAGCGGUAGAGGAAUGACCUACCUGACCAACUCCCUGUUCGACUACCGCUCCCCAGAGAACAACGGGGUCAGAGCAGAGUUCAUCCUGGAUGCCACCAAUCACAAGGAGACCUACACAGAGAUAUCAGGCAUGCAGCGUUUUGGGGCCUUUUACAUGGAUUACCUCUACACAGUGGAGACCAGCAGCACCAAGGUGUGUGUUGGGCAGCAGGACUUCACCAUGGCGACAGGGCCUAAGGAAGAACCGGUCCCCCCUGUCCAAGAGACGUCUGUCAAGCGGCUGGUGGUCGGACCUCUGGACUUACGGCUCAACAGCAGCGCCGUGCACCGCCUUCUGAAGAUGCUGGCCUGCGCCAUGGACCACGAGUACCGACCCUACUGCAACCCACAGCCAGACCCAGUGGAGGAGCCCCGGGCCCCAGCCUCCCAAGAGGAGGUAUCAGUGCUGGAGGAGUUUAUCCCAACCAGGCUGACCUGCCUCACCCUGCAGAAGGUCACUGUCACCCUCAACAUGGCCGAGUUCAACCUCCUACACACUCUGAUGCCAGUCAUCAUGGGACAGAAGGCCCCACCAGGUCCGGUCAGUGUGCCAGUCUUCCAGGCGGUGCGGCCCCUGCCGGCCCUCAGGUUCCAGGUGGACAGUGUUAACGUGGAGCACACUGUUCCCAUGUACGCCCCCGAGCUCAUCAGCACCGCCUCCUCUCUCAGCCAGCCCUCUGAUAACCUGCUGCACCACUGUUACACACACUGCUACCUCAAGGUGUUUGGUUUCCAGGCUGGUUUGACCUGUCUGGACAGUACAGGCAGUUUCCUCCCUCUGUCCCCUCUCAUCCCUUCCUUCAGUACAGCCCUCUACGGCAAGCUGCUCCAGAUGCCUCAGUACUGGACAAAGCGCUCGUCAGUCCUGAUCACAGAGUGUAUUUUUGAGCUGCCCCACUUCACAGUGCAGGCCACUCGUCCCCAGAUCCUGCUCCUUCAGGCCAUGCUGCAGAGCUGGACACACAGCCUGGGAGACGGUUCCUACCAAGGGGUCAACGAGGCCCUGCUCUGCCAUGUCUACACACCACCAGGUGUGAAGUCUCCCUCUCCUCCUCCGACCCUGGAGGCUUCGGUCCAGAACGUGGAGCUGAAGUUCUGCAGCAGAGCCACGGUGAACUGCGCCGGGGGAACCGUGGGAGCUGUUAAACUGUGUGCCAGGACCCCAGGUUCACCAGAGGGUGUUAAGGAGAAGCUGGUUCCUCUGCUGCAGGGUCCAUCUGACACUAAGGAGCUUCAUCAGAGUCGCUGGCUCAAUGAGAUCCGUAAACCCGAGUCCCUGCUGGCCCCUGACCUCCUGACCUUCUCGGUACAGAUACCCCGGCACGGGGACGACGGCCGUGUCUCCUCUGGUAAGCCUGACACCGCUGUAGCUACAAUACGCUAGCUAGUACGGCAGAUGAAACCUCUGGUUACCUCAGACCAAGUCAUCUACCUCCUGUCCCAACGUCUAGUCCGUAAUACUGAAAUCCUCAACGGGGUCAUGUGAUCAGUCCUACCUCCUAUCCCAACGUCUAGUCCGUAAUACUGAAGUCCUCAACAGGGUCAUGUGAUCAGUCCUAACUCCUGUCCAACGUCUAGUGUGUUUGUUGUGGGUGUGUUUGUUGGGGGUGUGUUUGUUGGGGGUGUGUUUGUUGGGGGUGUGUUUGUUGUGGGUGUGUUUGUUGUGGAAGCUGAAACAGGAAGUCCGUUGACGUUGUUGAAGUUUUCCAUGCAGCUGGUGUUUCUCUGGAAGGUCGUGUUUCACUGUCAGUACGUUGUAGAAAUAACCUCUAUAUGACUAACGUCUAAGACUGGACUGAUAGUUCCCCCCGGUCCAUCUCUUUCUGCUGCUACUGUCCUUCAGGGCAUGUGUGGUACAGUAAGCAGGACUGGACUGAUAGUUCCCCCCGGUCCAUCUCUUUCUGCUGCUACUGUCCUUCAGGGCAUGUGUGGUACAGUAAGCAGGACUGGACUGAUAGUUCCCCCCGGUCCAUCUCUUUCUGCUGCUACUGUCCUUCAGGGCAUGUGUGGUACAGUAAGCAGGACUGGACGGAUAGUUCCCCCCGGUCCAUCUCUUUC